CGGCCCGCCCUGCGUCCGCAGCGACCGGAGCUGCGGAGCAUCGAGCUCGAGCGACAAUGAAACACACGUCCGCGUUGUUCAGUACCUCGACGUCCUCGCCGCGCCGCAGCCAAUCGAGAGUAUCGCGCGCAUCGCCGUGCGCCUAGCUUCAGGAGGAAGCUGUCGAUGUCGGUGCGCGCUCCGAGGGCGUGUCGCGCCGUGCGAUUGUAAGCAUAACCGGGAAGAGGCAGCGACACGUAACGAGAGAGAGGAAGAGAGAGAGAGAGAGCACCUCAUUCACCGACGGUGAUUUCACGCUGGCGGAUACGUAGACGCAUACGUACAUUACACAUAUGUGUCACUACGUACGCGUAUGCGUGAUAAUCGAGAAGCAGACGCGUAAUAUCAUCCGCGACAGAUCGGUGGGGCACCGUCACUAGGCAGCGCACAUGCCUCGUUAACCGCGGACAGUUGUGCGUUGAGCGAGAGGACAGCGAGCACCUCGUCGAGCUGCGCCAGCAGUCGUUGAAGUCGUUGAGAAGAGGGAACAGGGGAGAGGGAGAGGAAAGUUGAAAGAGAGAGAGAGAGAGGACGAGGACUGAGAGUCAUGUCUGACUUGGAUUUAGAUUUGGACGAUGAAACCGACACUUCGUGCGGGGAGGAGCAGAUGGUCGCGGAUUGGGAGGUUAAGAAGGAAUGGCUCGAGAGCAUCCUGUCGGAGUAUCACAAAGGGAAAGCGGUGGAGAUUUUAAACUUCGAGGUAAAUCCCGGAUGCACGAAUAACGAGAGCGUGCUGAGCACUAUCACCAAAGUCACGACGACGUAUUUACUGGCGAUGACGUCGAAAAAGCCGAUGGACAAAUGCAAAGUGGACAUGAUCAUAAAGCAACUCCCUAAAGACCCGUUUAGCCGCUUCUUCGUUACGGAGGGUCAAUUCGAUCUCCGAGAAAUUAAGUUUUACACGCAGGUGGUGCCAGAUUUGAGAGAGUUCAACUUGAGGAAAACAGAAUUGUUGAGUAAUUGGACAGAUGAUUCUCUGCCAGUUCCGAUGUGCCUGCACGGUCGUUACAGUCCCGCUGGCGGAACUGAUGACAGCCCGGUGCCGCCGGAAUCGAUACUGGUGCUGAGUGACUUGAGCAGUAUGGAUUACAAGAGUGUCAAGUUCUCAGAAGGACUAACGUAUCACGAAGCAAAAGCCGCGCUAGAGGCCAUUGCCAACGUACACGCACAUUCCCUGGCGUUGAAGGUCGUGGAAGGAGUGUCCCUCCCCGAGCGUUAUCCGUUUCUCUUUCAGACAGCGAAGGCGACGGACUCGUAUCAGCAACUAGUCGAGCGUGGUUUACCACAGCUCGCGCGCUUUCUGAAGAGCAGGCCGGGAUUGGAAGCAAUCUUGGAGACUCUUCUAGUUCUACGACCCCGUACCAAAGACAUAAUAUCAGCCCUCCUCGCCCCGGAAGGUCCGCUGGCACUGAUAACUCAUACUGAUUUUUGGAGCAAUAAUCUAUUUUUCAUACAGAAAUGCGAAGAGAUAAACUGCCAAAUUAUCGAUUGGCAGAUGAUCACUUAUAGCCGGCCGACGAAUGACGUUGCAUUAUUGUUAUUGAGCUCGGUGCCCACCAAGUUACGUCGCAACCACACCAAAUCACUUUUGAACGCAUAUUGGAACAAACUGACUUCUAUGUGCAUGGGCUUUGGCCUAGAUAUUCCUAAGGAGUUGGGUUACACCAGGGAAGACCUCGACAAAGACUACAGGAAGUCCCAGCUGCUAGCGCUUUUAUUAUGCAUUGGAUCGGUGGACGUCGCGCUCGGUGAUCCUCUCACGGAGCAACGAUUGAUCGAUGUUCUCAAAGAUCUCUACAACGAUGGCAUACUGACGGACGAAACUAUCGUCGCGACGAAUGAAGUCAACUCUUAAAUCACCUACCACUAUCGUGUUGAAAUUAACGCACGCACCGAAUUUAUUUCUUGUGACUCGAAGCAAAAGAUUUCACACGAUAGAUUGAAACGAUAGACACUUCGAUAGCGUUCAGUCGUAACUCGAAGGAACAACACAACAGAUCUUUCUGUUCCCUGUCCAAAGAGGGCUUAAGCCCAGACGAUCACACGAAAUGAUGAUGAUAAAGAAAUUAGCUGCAGAGAAGCCUGUCUCACGUCGGAAGAAAAUCUACUAAACGUUAAGACCUGCGCUACUCGGUUUCUUUUCUUUGCGGCAAGAUAUUGUAGAAUGCGGAAUGUAAAAAAUUGCUCGCCAUCGGCAUGUUAGUUUAAACGGCACGAUAGUUGUCUCGAUUAUACAUUAGUGUAAACUGCGACAAGCCGUCGAUCAUUACUCUUUAAAGGCUUUAAAUAAUUCUCUAAUGACUAUUUACGCAAGAUAUUUACUUGCAAUUCGAUGAAAGUCUUAAAAAUAAAAUAAAAUCGCAAGGAAAUUUUUUAAGAGAGAGAUGUUGUACGAUACCAAAAUCUUAUUAAUCGUUAUACAUUGGGUCUUUUAAUGUGGUGUAAAAUGUUUAAUUUUUGAAAUGUUUUUCAAUUCGAGGUUUUCGUUCACGCUCACAAGUCGUUAAGUCGCUGAUGCAAGAUACAUCUUUAAUGCGCUGUGCCAAGUCGUUAAAGGUUUAAGCAAGUAGUUGCGAUAUGCAAUUACCAAGAUGGAAUUAGUUAGAGUCGUAAUUAAUGUAGAAACACGCGUCAAAGUUAUAGAGUAUUUUCGAGAUGUACACGAAACAUAAAAUACAAUUACAUUCCAUCUGCCUGAAUACGUCCCGUGAUAAACUUCUUCCGACAAUUAUACCAGCGAACGCGCUGUUUUAUUAACACUAUAUACAAUUAUUGUAUUAUCCGUUUUCUCUGUAUAAACUAAAUGGAUAAAAUAUACUUCGAUGUUAUCACGUAAAUAACAUAAAUAAAGUUCCUGCUUCGGGGAAAGAGUUAACGUACGAA